CCGCCGUGUGUCAAUACCUGAUUCAUAGCUCAAGAUGGCCACCAUGAUGCGCUGCAACGUUGCUCGCGCGAGCGUGCGCCCAGCUCGCGCUGCUGUCGUCGUCCGCGCCAGCGCUGAGCAGCCUCGCCGCGUCCUGGUGGGCCUGCUGGCUGGCGCCGUUGCUGGCGCUCUGCUGGUCGCGCCUCAGCAGGCUGAGGCCAUCCGCAUCCCAUCCCAGGAGUUCACCGGCGGUCUGGUGGUUGGCGGUGGCAACUCGCCGAAGAGCCCCACCGCUGCCUCCAUGGAGAGUUACACCCUGGAGGGCACCAAGAAGCAGGGCAUUUCCCUGAAGACGAAGAAGAAGCUGCUGGCUAAGGUGCGGGAGCAGGCGCAGAAGGUUGCCAGCUCGUAAGCGUUCUCUCCUGGACGAACGACAUCCGUUGGGCAUACCAUGUGAUGAUGUUGGGCCAUUUUCUAGGAAGCAGCAAGGCCCUCGAGAUUUCACUAUAACUAGCUCUUGAGUGAGCUGGGAAGUGGGAUUUUUCGUGGCUUGAAUCUCUGCCCUCCCCUUCCUCAUGGAUGGUUCUCGCAUGUGGUUUUGUUCAUUGGUCGCUUGUCUGAGGCACAGAGGUCUGCGGAUGUCUCUAGCACUGCCAGUUGGCCCAGUUCUUGUAUGUGCUGUGCCGGGGGUUUUGUUGCAGGCUGGUUGGUUAAUGCAAAUCUCCCAUCCUCCUCCCUACCAAGAGAAGACUUUUUGCACCGCGUAAAUAGGACAGGUCUAAAUUGAGUUGGAUUUUGCCUUGUUCGUUUUUGCCGUUGCUAUGGUAAAGCGGGUGGCCUGAGCUGCUGAUGUCAGCGAAUAGCCGGCUUGAGCUAUCUUCGGCCCGGCGGGACGGGCGUUGUACACAUAUGGCUAUCAACGGCCUCCUUGUAUAUUUAACACUCAGAUGUGCCGUGCUAUCCCUCAAAGGACAUACAAGUGCCGAUUUCAAUUAUGAGUAUGAAAUUGGAAAAC